AAAUUUAAAAAUGAUUUUUAUUGUUUUGUGUUUUUUAUUUGCUUGUUUGAUUCCAGAUAUCAAUACUGGAAAAAUAACAAGUUGUCCUACAACAAUAACCUCGGCACUUAAAGUAAAGCAAGUUGUUUACUUAUUUGAAAAUCAAAAUGUAUGGAAACAUGAUGGAAAAAGAAUAUAUGCUGGACCGUUAAAACUAAAUGACUUAUUUCCAAAUGUCCCAGGUGUCAAUACUUCAUGUACCUCAUCUAAAGACGUAAUUUAUCUUUUUUAUAUGAAAAAAGUUUAUGCUUAUGUUUGUGAACACACAACGGGGAAAUUUAAUUUACUUGAUAAACAUCCAAUAGAAUUACAACCAAUGAUUAUUCCCUUCCCUAUUAAAUGUUUUCCGUUAAAUAACGGAAGUUUAAUGAUUGGAAGUGGGACUGCAUCUUACACUUACUAUCCGGAAGUAAAUGUUCCGCAUAUGUCCGGCGACUUUUACGAGCAAUUCCCCGGAUUGCCCGCAGAAUUUAUUUCUGGAUUUCCAAUUGACAAUAAUUACAAUAAUUAUUUAUUUUUGGAUAAAUUAAAUGCAAGUAAAUAUUCUUUUAAUGAUUUUAAAUCGGAAGCUACAGAUUUAAAGAAUUAUUUAAAUUGUAAAGUUAAUUAA